CAUGUGUUUGACAUGAAAUAUGCUAAGGCCCUAAUUUUCCGUCAGUCCUCAUAAUGCCUCGUGUUUAAAUGUUAAAUAAACACCAAUGUAUGCCGCGAAGCAUUGUUAAAUAUUUAACAUAACCCUAGUUUUGGUGGUGGGGGAUUAGAGCCAAGUCUUAGAGUAUAAGGUUGUAUUGACAUUAAGCGUUCUCAGUAAGACGCACGUCAAUCAGGGUCAAAACGAGAAAGAGAUUGUUUUCGGAGUCGUCUGCCAAGAACGCUGAUUGAUCGUCUGCUGCAUUCCGAGAGCCUUAUUCCGGUGGAUUUUUCUCGAAAGUUUCCAAAGACAAUGGCGAAAAAGCUGGAUCCUGAAGAACUUGAAGAUGUCAAGGAGGUGUUCGAUCUGUUCGAUUUCUGGGACGGAAGGGACGGGUUGGUGGAUGCCGCCAUUGUAGGGGAUUUCCUCAGAUGUGUGGGACUGAACCCGACACAUGAGGUAGUCCUCAAGAACGGAGGGACCAAGAAAAUGGGCGAAAAACAACUCAAACUAGAAGAAAUCAUCCCCAUAUAUCAAUCAGUCAGCAAUAUCAAAGAUUCGGGGACCUUUGCGGACUUCAUGGAAGCUUUCAAGACAUUUGAUCGGGAAGGUCAAGGAUAUAUUUCAUCGGCAGAGUUACGUCACGUGCUGACAGCAGUCGGAGAGCGAUUGUCCGAUGAAGAAGUGGACACAAUUCUGAAGAUGACGGAUAUUCAGGAAGAUUUAGACGGGAACAUAAAAUAUGAAGAUUUCAUCAAGAAAGUAUUGAAACAGUGACAAAGGAAUGAAGUUAUGGUUUUAAAAACACAGAGAUUCCAUGAAAUGACUAACAUUCAAACCAAAUGGACCAAGAUUUGUUCAACAAGUCAAGUUGCGCAUUCCCGAUGGACGUAUCCAAAUGCAUGCUCAAAUACUUAAAUAGUUGAAGACCAUAUAAUCAAAAAAUUGACUUAUUACGAUGCAUAGAUAGCGCUUUACUAAUGAGAAAACAAACAGUCAUCCAACCUAGAGAAUGAGACUUUAAAAAUGCGUUUAUUGCUUUAUUCACUUAAACAGUUGUAAAGAAUAUUUAAGAUUGUCACUAAUUUCUCUUCAAUGAAGAAUUGAUAGUUGAAUCUCUACGUCAGAGCAUUCUGUGUUUUGUAUAGUCGUCAUUUAAGUUCAAUAUGUAUAUCGUGUAAGUUGCUUGGCUUAGCCUUGAUGUUAAUAAAGUAUUAUAAAAAUA